AAAAUUAAUAAUGUUUACAAGGUAGAAAAACAAAAUAAAAGUUUUAAUUGGAAACAUAAUGUCAUCGUCCUUAUCAUAUACACCUUAUGAAGAUCGAACAGUGAACGCAUCACAUUUAUCACUUGGGUCUCUCGAACAAAGUUUUCAUCCAGAAAUUAGUACAUUACCUGUAUCAUCACCAAAACAUUCGGAAAUAUUGAAAUUAGAUAUAUGUAAUAAAGAUAAAAAUUCAACUUUAUUGGAAAAUACACUAUCUAUAGAUUUAACUCCUAUUAACAAUUUUGAAAAAAAUAUAAACAACGUCGAACAAACAAAGCAUAAAAAUAUACCUUCUAUUUCUUAUAAUAAAUCCCUGUCGAUGAAGCAUAAGAAAUCAUCUAUUUCAGAUAUAUCAGCAUCAUCAGAUUAUUCUGAUGACAGUGAGACUAGUACUAAUCAUGAUCACGAACAAAAAUCACUAGCAAUUCUUGAAAAAAGUCUCCCAAUUAUUGAUGAAGAACAGAAUCAAGAUAUACAGAUAAUAUCAUUACUUCCGCCAUAUAAUAGUCUAGAAAAUAUUGAAACUCCUAUAACACAAAAAAUAUCAUCUCAAUUAAUUCCUACUGAUACAACUAUUGCAACAAGAAUUAAUGAUAUAAAAAUACCUCAAAGUGCAAUAAAAAACUUUAAAGAGCAUAUAGAAGGAAUGAAAAAGGCACAGAAACUAGAGAAGCCGGGUGCAAGACUUACUCUUCGAGAGCAAAGUAAUGUUAUUGAUAGCUUACGUAAAGAAAAAUGGGAUCUUCAAAUGAAAGUUUUCUUUCUUCAACAAUAUCGUGAUAGGUCGAGAGAUGAAUCUGUAGAAGAAAUAAUAAAACAGAAUAUAGAACUAGCAACUACCGUACGUGAACUUAGCAAAACAAAUAAGAACUUAAAACGUAUAAUUAGAGACAUGGAAAUGCAUAAUCAAGAGAACUCAAUUGAUGAAAAUAAUGAAAAAUAUGAAACGUAUGAAAAAAUGCUUGGGAUAUUACAAAAUAAAAUUAAAGCAUAUGAAAUUGAAGUUGAAAGACUUCAUGGAUUGUCUCCAAAUAAUGCAGCGAAAGUAUUUGACGAAUUUAUAGCUAAAGACAUUAAUAAAGCUAAAAAACAAAAUGAAGAAUUGAUAACUAAAUCAAGAAAUUUAAGAUCUAACAAAGAUCAAUUUUAUCAAAAAACCCAAGACUAUAAUGAUGAAAAAUAUAACAUUUAUCAACUAAAAGAUAGCGAAAGUUUUAAUAAUAUAUAUGAUAUAAAAGUUCAUAACGAAUUACGAGAUUGUAUAGCAGAAUUAAAAUUCAAAAAUCAAACAUUAAAAGAGGAAAACAAAAAAUUAAAUUUAGAGCUCGAAAAUCUCGAUGUCCUUAGAGAAAAUGAAAUGAUUAAACUUGAAGAUAAUUAUAAUGAAGAAUUAGACAAACUUCAUAAUCUUCUCAAUGAACUUAAUGAUGAAAACGAAAAUAUAAAAAUAGAUAAAGUAAAUAUACUUAAAGAAAUUAAUGCACUGUCUCAAGAAUAUGCAACUUUUAAAACAGAAGCAGGAGUAGAAAUUCGUGUGAGGGAAGAAGAAAUGCUUAAAAUGGCAUCUGAUAUUGAAAAUUAUGAGGAAAUUUUAAAAAGAAAAAACGACCAUAUAAAUAAUCUUUACAAAAAAAUUGAGGAAGCAAAUAUUCAAAUAAAUAAAUUAAUUCAUUCUCAUAGCGAAACUGUUCAAGAUUUAAAAGAAAAACAUGCACAUGCAGAAGCAAUAAUUAAUAAUCUUACUCAACAGCAAGAAGCUUCUCUCAAAGAACUAAAUUAUUUUAGGGAAAAUUCAAAAAAUCCUUUUGAAAUAUCAAAAUUAAAAAAAAAAAAUCAUAUCUUAGAACAAAAGAUUAUUCAAGCAAACGAAGAAAUAGAAUAUUUAAAAGGAAAUUAUCACUUAAACAAAUUCGAAUACAAUUCGGAUAUUGAAAUAAUUGAUGAAAAAAAUGAUUUAUUGCUUGAAGAUAGAAAAGAACUCAAGGACAUUAAUAACCAUUCUCUUUUAUCUAAACAACUAGCUAAUGAAAAAGUAAACACUUUUCAAGAAGCACAGUAUGAUUUGGAGAAGUCUCUAAAUGAAAUUUUAGGUUCUAAUUCAUCAAAUAUCAAUGAAAUAAUCAUGACUAUUAAGCAACUAAAGUCUGAUUUAUUAACUUCUCAGGAAAAAAUAGAAGAAUUAAAUAGCAAUCUAAUAAAAAAGGAUAAGAUUUUGAGAAAUAAGGAAAAAAUGUUAGAAUCUAUGAUUCAUGAAAAUCAGCAAAUUUCAGAAAAACUAAAUAAAGAGAUUUCUGAUAAAAAAUAUGCAUUACGGCAACUUUCUAAGUUAACUAUAUCUACAGAAUCAUCUAGAUCUAUCCUAGCAAACCGUGAAAAUAAAAUUGCCAGUUUAGAACAUACUAAGAUAAAGGAUAGUAAAAUUCUUACUGCAUUAAAAAAUCAAUACAAUAAUCAAUUAUCUGAACGCAACAAUCUUCUUAUGGUAUUUUGGAAAAGGCUUUCAGCUCUCUUAAAUUCAGAAUGGAUACAUAAUAUACAACUAUCAAAUAUGGAUGCGUCAAAUAAUUUUUCAUACUUUAGUAAAAAUUCAACACUUUGCAUUAAACAUAUUGAGAAAUUGGUUCAUGAUUUUCCAAUUAAAUGCAAAGAACUUGAACACAAACUACUAAAGGAAUAUCAAAUUAUUGUGACUACACUUGAAAACAGAACAAAACGUAUAUCUCAUCUAGAAAACUCUCUUAAAGAAGGUAUUUCAAAUCAAGCUAUACUAAAAAAACAAAUCGUGGAUCUUAAAUUAGAAAAUCAUGAAAUUAAAUCUGAACUACGUGAAAACAUGAAAAAUAGACAGACAAUGCAGUCAUCUAUAAGUUCUCGAGAAACUAUUAAUUCAGCAAAGUUAGAUUUAUCAAAAAAAACUCUGGAUUCUAUAAAGGAUAAAAAAUGGAUUUUGCGAUUAAAAGAACUAGAAAAUAGAUUAAAAGCAGAAAAAGAAGCUCGUAUACGUGAUCAAAAGGGAGCACAAGAACGACUUGCAGAUUUCCUUCAUGAAAAUAAAGAGCUUAGAGAAGAAUUGCAAAUGGAAAAAGAUAUUUUACAUUCUAAAGCACCAUCCGAAUUAUCUACACACGAAUUGGAAUAGAAAAAAAAACGAGCAUGUAUUCAUUAUAAACAUUAACUAAAACUUAUAAAUAUAUACCAAU